AUGAGUAGAAUUGGAGAGGGUUCAAAAAGAGCUAAAUUGCCAAACUUUUCCACUGAGGAAGAUGUUGCUCUAUGCCAUGCAUACCUAGCAAUUAGUGAAGAUCCAAUUAUUGGAAACUCCCAACAAGCUAAUGCAUUUUGGGCUAGGAUUCAGAAACAAUUCUUUGAAUUGUGCCUCUCCAAUCGAACUUCUAACAGCCUCAAAUGCCGAUGGAAUUUCAUUCGGCCACGAUGUCAGAAGUAUUGGGAGUGUCUCGUUGAAGCGGAUAGGGAAAAUAAAAGUGGAUCCAGUGAGCUGAACAAGGUGGACCUAGCAAAAACUUUGUACCAUGAGAACGGCCCUCCAUUUCGUUUGGAACAUUGUUUUGCAGUUCUGAAGAAUGCAAUCAAGUGGUCAACCGUAGAUGUUGAUGAAGUAAAGUCCAAGCUCCCAAGCAUGCCCGGAAAACCGCGCUUUUGCCCCUUUCUCAAGAGCCUUGCAAGGUCAGCUGGUGUCGGUGAUCGAAG